CAAACAUUCUCAAUCAGCGUGUAUAGCGUGCACGUAAGCGCGUGUGUCCAUGAGUAGGAAAAAAAGGAAAAAAGAUGUGCCGAUAAAGAAAAGUUCUUUCCCGUGGAGAGCGAUCCCAUCUGAUUCGGAAGUGAUGGCGACGGCCAGUGGCAGUGGAAUAAGGCACGGUUCUUCUUGGGUUCAGAGGAAGAUCAACCUGAGGCCACAACAUCGGGGCGGCCAUCUGAUAACGGACGAGGUUGUGAAACAAGUGCCAGAGAUUUCCCAGUUCGCCGUCGGCCUCUUUCACAUACAGAUUAUGCACACAUCUGCAAGUUUGGCAUUGAAUGAGAACUGGGAUCCAGAUGUUAGAGAUGAUGUAGAGAACUUCAUGAAUAAAUUAGUACCGGAGAAUUUACCUUACCAGCACUCCUGUGAAGGCCCUGAUGACAUGCCUGCCCAUAUCAAGGCUAUUCUGUUUGGGUCGAGCCUGUCCAUUCCGAUCACGGAUGGCAAGCUCAACCUGGGCACCUGGCAGGGCAUCUGGCUCUGUGAGCAUAGAAACAGGGCAGGCUCCAGGAAAGUGGUGGUGACAAUCAAUGGCUCCUUGAAAGACUGAAGGAUAGAGUGGUGUGAUGACUACGCAGACUUUGCCCCAGGGCAGCCACAAGACGCUCUUUGUGGGAUUGCAGUGACUGAGGGUGAAAUUGUGCAGUAGCUGUGCCAGGGCAGUGUUGAAGCAAGAAAAGCCCGUGGAGUACACAGCCUUUCACCAUCAUCACGAUAACAGAGCAACCACUGCCAUGGACGUCAGUGACCAGCGACGGCAUCGCCCCGGGCUGCUUUUCUGUAGGCACAGAAGAAACUUGAAAGGACGUUUCUGUAUCCCUUGUCAUCCAGCUUGUCACUAUCAGAGUUAUUUUCCUGUGUCGCUCUUUAUUUUUUGCUUUUUAUUGUUUGCACUGAUGUUUGUUGAUCAUUGGUGCUAAGUGCUCUAUAGCGCUUCAUAUUAUUCAAACACUUGAGCAACUGUACUGCCUUAAUGCAAAGCAACAACUUGUUUGACAAGCAUUCAGUCUUCAUUCUGUCUGAUGUUUACAUUGUGUCAAUUUUAAAGCUAUGAUUUUUAGAUGUGGCACAUGGAAUUAGCAGCUCAGUUAUACUAAUACAAUAAUUUUUCGUCCUCUGAGAAGGGAUAUUGUUGUGACUACAACCCCUUUCUGUCUGCAGUUUAGAUGCAUGCUUCAGGGGCAAGGUCAUCGGUUAUUGAGAUGUCCAUCUGUUCAGACACUUUUUUGCCUCAAAACCACUUAGGUGGACCUGUUGGCACCUGUGGGUGCAACUGGGAAUAGAUGGAUAGCUCUCUGUGUGACCUGCGUGCCUGUGUAACAGUGCUACUGCACGUGUGUUUAUUGGCAUUUUCUUUUCACAACUACUUUACUUUACACAUUCCACCUUCAGCUUGAAGGUUCUCAUUGACCUGUUGCAACGUUGAGGAGCCACUAGAUUUAGACCUUUCGACACUGACGUCACCUCCACGCUGCAAAUGCAGGCUUGUAAUUAACCGACCAUGCUAAAUGUGUACAUAACUUCUGAUAGCACGGUCACUAAUUUCCUAAAGUUGGUAGGAUGCUCCGAUUGAGUCAUUAAAGUUACACACCAUGGUUGUUGCUUACAGUACUAGUCUCUCAAUCUCUCUUUCUCCCGUUUUGUACCACACAGUAAUUUCAGGGUUGUGCAAAAUGAUGAUAGUUGUUUCCAUGAAUGGAGCCUCAAUGGCUGUGUGGCUACCAGUGGCCAUUCCCUGGCCACAACAAUUUAGCGCAUUUCUGAGGACCGAUCCCACUUAGCAUGCACUUGCAACGUUUGGGCACAGUGCCCCUUUGCUGUAGGACUUUUGAUGGUCUGACGCAUUCGGUUGUGCUGGGCGGACGACGAAGUGAGGAAUGCCCUUCCCCUGCAAGGUGUCUGCAAAGUCCUGCCAUUACUUUUCUACUCUGCUUACUAGUGCCCUCGUGCUGAGCUGCGUGUACAUAGAGUGGUCAGAGUGGCACAUAGCACAGGACUAGUGUACUUUGUUUUGGGCAAAUUGUAUCCAUGCCAAGCUUUGGUUGAUUUCAGUGCCAUAGCUUGGUGCACUCUGAAAAUAUUUCAGGUUUUUUUUUUUGAGACCAUUGCAGGAAAUGGACACGAACACAGCCUGUGACCUUUAAAAGUGUUGGAAAGCAGGAGUGAAAGUGUUGUGAUUCCUUGUGCAAUUACAUGCAUUUUACAUGGCUUGCGCAUAAGUCCUGUAAAAAGUACCUGCAGCUCUCAAGCUUUGUUCAAGGACAUUUGCUGUUGAAGUCCACAAGGGGAAAUGUAGCGGCUCAUAAAACCAGUCGCACAGAGGGAAACACUGCUGCUCAUAUUGUCAGCUCCCCCGUUUUUUUUUUUUUUUUUUUUACUGUAAUGUGGGCUCAGCCUUAUUGAUCGUUAAUAUUUUCAUGGAGGUUAUUUUCUAUGUGUUUUUUUUUUAACUCAUAGACAUCAUGCUGGAACAAAACUGCUCUAAUAUAGAUAUACUAUCUGGCUGUAAUAUAGAUAUAAUAUUUAGUUGCUAGCUGUUUUCUUACCAUCAGCAGCGAAUACAAGCAAUGAGCAUCCACAGGGCUUGUAUAUGUCAAUCCUCAAAUGGUCUUGUAAUGGUUACCAGUAGAUACUGGAUGUUACAGGGCAAAUAUCUGGGCACUUAGAGCACGCAUGAAAAGUUCCCUUUUGUAAGCCCAGAUUGUUGGGAAAAUUGAUGCAUUCUUAUAAUAACCGAGUACGAAACAUGAGAUGUGACAUGUACAAGGAGACGGCAGUAGUAUCUACUCAUAUCCUAUUAUUUCUGUUAAAAUUUUUGCAUUGGUUAAACUUGUAUCACCUUAGCUCUGGCAUGAAAAGAGGCAAAGCAGGCAUUAGAAACAUAGAACAUAGAAGUUUUGUGAGAAGUGCAGAUGGCUUUUGUCUCUGAAAGGAAGCAUUUAUGAAAACUGCCAAAUUCUCAUUUUAAGCGGCGUUAGGGUUAAGGACAACUGCUGCAAAAUUCAAGGUGUCAUAGCACGUACAGCCUGCCAUAUCGCGUAUUGAUGACAGGGUGUGUUAAUUUACCUGUACACAGAAUAAAUUGAUGUGUGCAAAAUUUAUCAUAAGAAAGUUAAUUACCAGCUGGCACUAUCUAUCUCUACCAUGUAUACCUAUUUGUUGUGAAGCAAUAUGUAAAAUAUAUGCGUGUACUUGCAUAUCUGAAAUACUUGAUUCUGAAAGAAUUGUUUGUAACCAAACUACUUGGAAGUGAAUAUUGGCUGCAUCAGCAUCUCUUUCUACUAAAUAUGAUUGCUUCACUGAUAUUUCUAUGGGUGAUGUGUUAUGGAGCUGUCCAGUUUCCCUGGUGAAGAGCCAUAGGAUGAACAUACGUACAAAAUAGAACAGCAGCAUGUUAAAUUGGACCAAUGCUGCAAUGUGUGUAAUAUGUAAAAACUGUAUAUCGAGUCAUGGAGAAUUUUUUUAUCUCAUAUAGACGUUGACUACUUUGCAGGGCAUUGGCUCUUGUUGACCUUUAAAUCAUUGCACUUAUUCCAUUGAAAAAAAAAAAAAAAAACUAUGUGAAGCUUUUCUUUUUAUGGUGGUGUAUGGGAAUCUUUGGGCAGACCUUUUCAAAAACAUGUUUAAUUGAAACAGCAGUUCUAUUGCAAUUUACAGUUUAAUUUGUGCAAUUUGUGCAGUAAGUUGAUAAGUGACAAUUUGCUUACAGCUCUGUAAGCCAAAUGUCAUUGCUCUCUGAUGUAAAUUUGCAUAAGUGAAAAUGUAUCUAAACAGUGCAAACCAAAAGUAGCUAUUGAAAGUUGUGCACCUCUGUGCAGCAGUUGGCAGGUCCUUUUUUGACAGAGAAACAUGACUCUUAAGAAAGUACAGUACUACUAUAAAAUGUGAUGCGACGCUGCAUCAUGCUUACACUGCAUCACACUCGUUGCGAAAAGUUCUGAUGGCAUCUGUAUUUCAUGCCUUGACUCAGCUUGCCACUGUGUUUGGAAAAUAGUAAAGUACAGUUGGUACAACAAUAAGAGAAGAUCAAGGGGCUGUUUUGUUUCUCCUGAUCACAUGGCUUUCCCAAAAUGUUGCACACAAAUUAGCACAGAAAAAUCUCUUGAUAUUUUAAGUUUCAGUGCUCCCGGUGAUUGACAUUGUCUGGCUUAAGUGGUAGCAACUGUAUACCCUGUCGACUGUGCUGACUUGGUCGCAUCUCGAGGUGUCCACUGUGGCCUCUUUAUUUCCACCGCGCAAUUUUCUUCAGGUACACAUGCUGUAAAUGUGACAGUGCUUGUUUGUUUGUUUGUGUCUUCAUGGUGAUACUUAUCUUGGAUGUAGUUUCCUAUUGAAACUUUCUGUAUGCAGUGUUUACAUGUUGUUUGUACAGAAAUUAUGCAGAAUUCAUGUGAAAUCUGCAUCACUUUCAUAUGAGUAAUAGAGAAAGCAUAUGAAAUUAAGAAUGAAGAAAUGCAUCACUAGAGUUCAUUGUAGUGUUCUGUCAUGACAUGGAGAAGAUAUAGAAAAAUUUAUGACACAGCUUAUAUAUGUAAUCUUUAUUUGGUUAAGAAAACUGUGAGUUGGCAGCAGCCAUUAUGCAAUGUGCAAUGUGUGUAAACUGGUGUGGAUGGUAGGAGUGGUAGAGCCUGUGAACGUAGCUAUAGCGGUUGGGAAGUGGGUGGGAGGGAGACGCUCUGCUGUAUUGCUCCAACUGUUGCUGUUUCUAUAACUGUGCAAAAAAACCUAGUUAAAUGAACUGCUGUUUCUUUUUUUUUUUUUUUUCCUAGCCAAGUUGGGACAUUAGUGAAUGAAACUUGAAUUUUCAUUCCUUACUGUGCUCACAAUUUACUAGUGCAAUCGACCUCAUCCGUUGCGAGAUCCCUGUGGCUGCACUGUGUUAAAGCACUUCUUGUUUCUUUUCUUGGCUUUUUUAUAGUUCACAUAAUUUAUGUCAUCCACUACGGAAAGCACUGAAGAAUUAAACAGUAUAUUUUGGUAAAUACCUAGAACAGCAUUGGUCAGUCAGAUUAUAGGUAAUAGGUUCUGACCUUAUUAUGCCUGAAGCAUUAAGUAAAAUAUGUGCUCUGGUGCUUUUAAAUUAUAUGGGCUUGCAUAAGGUUGAAGUAACCGAACGGAAACUUGCCAAUAUCUUUCUGUUCUAUCGUGCCUCUUGAAUGACAAAUGAAAGCAGUCUUGGUUGACUUUCAUGUGUUGCACAUUGCAUGUUUGUAAGUCAUGUACUCAUGUUCAUGAGGCUCUCCCUGGUGGGUACUUGCUUAAGACGAUUUUCAGUGGCUGCCGGCUUUUUACGUGAGCAUAUCAUUACAUUGGAGCUGCGCACAUUUUAUGUGAUUGCUAUCAGCUCUUGCAUCCUGUCAAACAUUUCUUUCCCUUCACACUUAUUGUACUUAAGUGCUGCAGCUCACAGCACAGUCGCAGCCUUGCUUCCCAAGCCCCGUACAAGCUCUGAUGGGCUGUUUCCCACAUGUGGCAAUGCAUUCACGAUUGCGAACUGUUUUGCAGGGAGGACUGUCUCCUUUGGCUGAAUGAAAAGAAAACAUAUCAUUUGAAGGAUGUGUUCCAGAAAUUUGCUGUUAAAACUUGCUGAUUUCUGCGCGUGAGCACAGUUUCUGGGAUGUGUGUAGAUCCUGUACCUUUAUAAUGCCAGGGCAUGUGUCUGUGUACGUUCCUGCACAAAUGCAGUGACGUGCGUUAGUGCAGAGCCACUUUCGGUUUCUUCUCCCGGAGUUUCCAGUGUAGUGCUUAAAAAUGUUGAGAGGGAGAGAGAGAGAGAGGGACAGUUCAUUGUGAGGUUGUUGCUUGUGAGAGAGAGGGAAAGAAAGAAAAAGAGGACAGUAAUCCCAACUGGUGCCAACGGUCGCUGUUCUGAGACCAACAGGCAAAUGAUGACUGACAUGCUUUUGACUGUUGUUCCUACCGCCUCCAUGUUCUGGCUUCCCUUUGGUUCCACGCUGGUUUCUUCUUGCUGCUGCUAUAAUAACACUUUUUGCUCAAGACCCAAAGGACGCGGAGGCGUUCUUAUUCAUUCAACACAAGCAAAUGAGGUCUUUUACCCAGUCUUCCUACGAGACCUUUUGCUGUUAUUCUCGGGAUCUCUCUUUUGUUAAUAAAGGCUCACAGGCAUAAUUCUCAA